GAAAAGACCCAAAGUUGAACAUUAGACUUCUUUAGAAAUCUGGACACUCGAAAGCAAAGCCAGGAGAGAUCGCAGUUGUGUUUUUUAUGACUGUGGCGAAUUCCGGCGUGAGUACGAAAAAGGUACAAUCAAAAACAUAAAAUGUUGUUGGAAUCAUCCAGGAAUCUCAGGAAAAAAGGAUUGUGAUUCCAUGGAUUUGCAUGGCGGAAUGACUGUAACACUAGAGCCUUCAAGAAAAGCAAACAUAACUUACCUUUUUACGAAUUUGUAUCCUUUGGACAGAAUUGGUUAUUGUGUGUUUCAUUUGUGGGAUAAAAAAAGCAAAUUUGCUCACACAAUACGCUUCAAUACGGUUUAUGGAGAGAAAGACGACAAAACACUGUUGGGAUCUUUUUACAAUUCUUUUGUUGGAGGAGAGAAUAAUACCAAAAAAUGUGAAACAGUGGAUUUGGAUCCCAGAAAGAAGUGCAAACCAGUAAACUGCGUGCAAAAAUAUAACGGUAAAAGAAAUUUCUUCCGUCGUGAAACAAAAUUAUGCGAGCCGGUUCAUGAAUGUUUUACCAGUAAAGAUGAAGAUGGAUUACCCACAACGGCGUUUGAUAAAGAUCACAACAAAUGUAAAAGUUUAACACAAAAAAAACUAAGUCGAGAAGAGGAGGAAAAUAUGAAGAGACACAUGAAACGUCGCAUGGACGAUGCAGAGAAAGAAAAUACUCACAUAAUGAAUACAAUUCGCUGUAACCAUGGUCAACGUGCUGGUGAUAUUUGUGUUUGCGAUGAUGGUUGGAAAACAGAUACAUCCAAUGUUCCUUUGGGCGAUCCAAAGUUUGUUAAUGAUUGGUGUAAUGUAAGGACGAGAAAAAAACCUUUCUUAUCUUAUCAUUUACAGAAACGUUUUAUGAUAGUUGUAUCCUUUUCACUGUAA